UACGAAGUGGGAAAGGUGAUAAAUGAUGAAAUUUUGUCAACACUGGUAACGAGUCAACAGUUCAGUACUUUCCUCGGAAUCUUGAGGGAGAAAAAUUACCUAGAGAAAAUAAUAACAAAUUUGUUAAGUUUAUUAAUAUAUUCACAUAGUAGACCGUAGACGAUACAUUUUAUGUCUCAUGAGACAUGCGACAUGCCGCGAGACCAAGCAUAGAUUUUCAAAUUUUAUAGUUGGACAUAGAUACACAACUGUCUUGUAACUAUACUAUUAUUAUCAGUACCAGAAAUGCGUUCGGUUGCCGUCGAUCGUUUGGUAGCCGACAUAUUAUCUUUGAAGAGAACGCUUUGCAUAUAAGAAAUGAACAUCUUUUUGCCCAUUAGCAGUUGGUAGAUAAUGGUAUUAUAUCAUGAGACGUAAUUUGAUAUGCCAGUUCUGUUAGAUGGGAACACUAUCUGCUUCGCAUGUAUAUACAAGUUUCCGGUGAACCAAAAUAAGAAGAGAAACCUUUGUUUGAGUUAAUGAAUUAAAAACUAUUUGAAAGUGAUCUGUGGAACAGUAUAAUUCAGAGAGAUGAGGACGGAAGUUACAGAGUCACAACCUUUCAAAAACUUAAAAGAAUUAUUCGAUAACGUGGGUAACUUGAAACCAUGGCCAGAAAUUGGAGAACUACGAGAUUCAACUGAUUAUGUGUACAGUGGUUUAGAAAUAAGCGCAGGAAGAACGCGGUUAGAAAAAUUGGAUAGAGAAGUACAUCCGAAAACGUUGCUCUGUCAUGAUAUGAAAGGUGGCUACCUAGAAGACAGUCAUCAUUUCAUAACUGUGCCCCCUUUUGGAUGGAUUAAUGCAGCACAUAAUCAUGGUGUAAAAGUUCUUGGUACUGUAAUUACGGAAAGAGAAGGUAUCUGGGAUGUUAUACUUGAAUCUCAGGAAGAAGUAAGAAGAUUUGCAGAUGCACUAAUACUUGUUGCAAAAUUUUAUAAGUUUGAUGGCUGGUUAUUAAAUAUUGAAAAUACCAUUAAAAGUGAGCAAGUUAAUAAUUUAAUUUAUUUUGUAAAAUAUCUAACAGAAAAUAUUCAUGAAGCAAUUAGAAAUUCUGAAAUUAUAUGGUACGAUAGCGUAACCAAUGAAGGAAAAUUAAAUUGGCAAAAUGAGCUUAACAGUAAAAACAUAGAUUUCUUUUUAAACUGCGAUGCCAUUUACUUGAAUUAUAACUGGAUGAAGUCAAAAUUGAAAAACAGUUUGGCACUUGCAAAAAAUCACAGCAGAGAUAUUUAUGAUAUUUAUGUAGGACUUGAUAUUUGGGGAAGAGGUUGUCCUGGCGGUGGUGGAUUUAAUUCAUCAUAUGCUUUACAAAAAAUACGACACGAAGGACUUUCUGUUGCACUUUUUGGUCCAGGUUGGACUCACGAAUUUUUCGGAUCUAAGACAUUCUAAGAAGUAGAAGAUCUAUUUUGGGCACAGUUGUUUCCUUAUUUACAGCAAACGGAAGUCAACACGAAUCAAUACUAGUUCUCGGCAAUAAUACCUGCUUAAAAUCCAUCGUUCAUUAUAAAUCAAUGGAUUUGGUUGACAACUGGAAAAGAUGGUUCAAUAACGAAUCCGUGGUUAACGGGAUAACGAAUAUACUUUCUUCCAAAGUCUAAGUCGGACUGUUUGCUAAAAACGUGAAAUAUCCACUGAUCGUAUGGACGUUGUUUUACUCGCUGAUGAGAUCGCACGAGAAUGUUCCUCUCCAUCACAGUGAUGCUACAGAGAAAAACUAUGAUGGAGUGUGUCUCAGGGCACGAGAUGAUCGGAUUCGUCGAGGACAACCCUCGUUCAGAAAGAAGGGAAUACCGUGUGAGCGAGCCACUUCCGCAUUCGACCGGAAACUGCAAUGAGUAUAGCUAUGGAUCCGAGGGCCACGCUGAGUGUUCGCCAGAGGACUGCGUGCCCCUUCUCCCCAAGAUACCACUUGCAUCAGAUAUAUCGGACGCACCAGAAGACGAUUUCGAAAUUUUCAACCGUGCCAGGGAUUAAGAAAUCGACGAGAACUUCUAAAGAACGAUUAUCGGCUGUUUCAUGAAAUUUUCGAACGCGUGACUCGCGAGAGACUCGGCUUUCACGUAAUCGCGGUCUUCUACGUGUUUCGCCUUUACCUAUUAAGCUUUUCUUCCUUAUUCGGAAUUUGUUGAUCGAUAUGAAUUAUACGUAAAGAUUGAACAAUGUUAAUCAUUACGUUAACGUUAAAAUGAAUUAUUUAAAUUUGUGUGGUUUUUCUGAUUUUGAAAAUGACGAAUGAAGAGUUAGUAUUGUAUAUAUACGUGAAUCAUAGUUUAAUUUUCAUGAAAAUGGGUCAGGCAGUUCAUUUUUCUCGUGCGUCUUUCAAUCAUUCCAUAAACUAUUGUGUCUGUCUUGUAUCCGUGGGAUCCCGUGUCCGCUUAAAAAUGGUUGUAUGCUAAAUAAAAGAAAAUCCUACGGUA